GAUGUGUCUUCAGUGUAUUCAGACGUCACUGUGGGCACACUAUUGACAGCACGAACAUUUCGCUUUUCUUCUUGGACAUUGAAACGACUGUCAGCAGCGGUGGUGUCGUAACCAUGCCGUGUACGGAGGCUGAGACACACACACUGCCCGGGCCUUUGUGAGGAAAGGAUGGACUGCCUGCCUCUAGUUCUUUAUCUCAUGUCACUUCUUGAUUCUGUUAUCAGCUCCCUUCCUGCUCCGGUCAAUCUUUCUAUGGAAUCUGUCAACUUCCGCCAUAUCUUGAGUUGGGAUCCUGGACCCGGCACCCCACAAGGAACACAUUACAAAAUCAUCAAGAGGGUGGAGAACAAAGCAAGUAAAAAGACACCGUCCUCAAAGACUACAUCCGUUAAGCUGAAGCUUCAGAACGAAGUCGUAUAUGAGCUGACUGUCCAGGCGUCUUACAACCAAACCCUGUCUGCAGAGUCCAAACCAUACACCUUCGAACCUUUCACACAAACUAAAAUAGGUCCUACAAAUGUCUCACUACUUGGAUGUGGCAACUGCAUCCAGAUCAACAUUUCCUUCCCUGAAGCUGACAGGAGUGCAAAACUUAAGAGUAUGAAGACAUAUUAUGGCGCUCGCUUCGUAGUGUCUUGGUGGAAAACGGAAGAAGAAGGGAUGAAGUGGUCCACGGACACAAGAGAAACGAGUAUUACUCUGACCAACCUACAGAAUGGUACAGAGUACUGUGUACAGGUGGAAACAAAGAUCAAUACGAAUAAAAACACAGAGCCAUCUGCUUUGAAGUGCAUCUUCACCGGCAUUGUGGAACCAAGUAGAGUCCACCAAUUGCAGGCUACCCACUUGAGCAAUACAGUUGCUGCCCUUCUGAUUGGUAUUGGUGUUGUGAUGACCUCCAUGUUUGGCCUCUGCUACACUGGAUUCCUCUGUAAACUGAAGCCAACUCUACCUCGAGCACUUAUUGAGGCUCAGAGCCAAGGCUACAGCCUGACACCGGAGAGGACAAUCCCUGACAAUAUCUCCGUUAGUGCAGGGAGGGAGAGACCGAAGAAGCCCUACAAUGCCACAACUCCACAACCCGCCACCAGGGGCGCCGACUCGAGUGACGAGGACGAAGACGAAGAGGGAAAGAUGUACAUGAAUAGAGGAUUUUCCUCGGGGGAAAAUUCCUGCCAGGACUCUGUUGAUGUGUCGGGGAACAGCAAGGUGUCUGCGUCAGGGGGCUCUGGCAGUUUGAAGGGGGGGACGCAGGUACCGGACACAGUGCUGGAGAUUGAGGCACCACAUGGGGGGGGGCUUGAUGAAGAUGAGCCCAAAGCUGAAGGAGCAGAGGUUUCGUUCCUGUCUGAUGGAACAAUCACAGGUGAGGUGGAGGAGGAGCAGGUGUGUGAGAGCUCAGGGAAUAUCAAUCUGUUCUCAGUCACCCUCGCUGCACUGGCUGUAUGCGAGGAAGAGGAGCACAACACAAGAGAUUCUCCCACAGACCUUUUGCAACUUUCUGAUCUGGAGCCUCUCCUGCACACACACUCACAAACUGAGUCAGAUGAUCAGACAGCCGUGGCAUUAUUGCUACCCACACAAGAAGACAUUACUGAAGGCACACUUGCAGACACUUUCUCUGGCUGUCUCAACACCUGUGAUGGUGAGAUGCAGCAUGAAGAGACCAAAGAAGAGGGGGAAGAUGAAGAGGAGGAGGAGGAGGAGGAGGAGGAGGAGGAGGAGGAAUUCUGUGGAUACAUGCAGCACUAAUGAUGUGUUGCGCUGUGUGUGAAAAGGGGCCUGAACAAGGCUAUUUCUUGCAGCUUUUAAAGUGACAUUCAAAUAAUAAUAUAUAGUAUAGUAUAACUUGAGCUUAACUAAUGAUUUGUUUUCUGCUUUACUCAGGAUAAGGUCAUCUGUGGUGUGUCGUGCCUCUUACACACAUCUCUGUACAUCUAUGGGCAGGGAAGCUCCUCUGCUCCAUGUCUCAGGGCAAAUAGAAACAGCAUCAUUGUGGUGUCAUCUCUAAUGUCACAUCAGAGCAACAGUGGACCAUUUCUGAUGUUAUUGUUGUUUGCACUAUAGACUGUUCUCCUGUUGCAGAGCUUUACUUCCAUAUAUUUAAAUUGUAGACCAGAAGGAGAAAUCCACCAGGCAAAUCACACCCUGUUAAUGGUCAUUAAGUGCAUUCCUUUGUAUUUGAGGUAACUGAAAUGUUUUAAAUGUAGUUGGCUGCUGUUGUUUUGGUGCUCUAUUUUUCUAUUCGUAAGAACAAAAGGCCAGACACAACACAUCCAUACAGCUCUCCUGCGGCAUUGGGCUGAUUUUGAAAGCGAGUUGUUCUUGUAAACAUCUAAGUAAAAAAUAUGAAACUUUACUGAGAGCUUCGAUACAUCCCACCUAUGGAUAUAAAACUUCCCGAAAAGUCAACAUAAAAAGAUACCUCACAUAAGCUAAAGUUAAAUAGACAUUUGGACUUGUCCCAGUAUGGCACUGUGUCACUGAACCAGCAUGAACAUUACCACGACUCUGAAAGUGAAGCACAUCAUUGGCAUUUUCCACAAACUUAUAAUUUAAACCUUGAUUUUGUUUUGUUCAAAAGGCCAACUUUCAAUCCCUCAUUAAAACUCAACUCUUCAAUCAUGCCACCAGUGUAUGAAUGUGUGUGUGCAUGGGUGGAUGCUGGCUUUUGUUGUAAUGGACUUUGAGUGGUUGCAAAGACUAGAAAAGGACUUUAUAAAUACAGUCUGUGAACCAUAAUGUGAAUGUCCCCUGGAUGGACAUUUUCCAAAAUAUUGUGAAAAGUUUAGGAAAUCUAGAGCUGUGUCCCAAUGAUUUACUACAUGUAUGUUCUCCCUUGGAAAAUGACCAACUUACACAGUAUUCUUCCUAAAAAAUAUGUUUGCUCUGUGUCAUGUUAAUGUUUAACAAUGCAUAACAUUGUUAAACCAGGCAAUACUAUGGGCAAUGCACUCUAUUCCAAAGUCGCAGUUUGAAAAUGAACAGUUGGUGCACAUCUUUUUAAUUGUAUUAUUUUUUCCUGUUUGUACGAUGAGGUAUGUUGAUGUUAUUGUAUACUAAUAACUAAAUAAGCAGCAAUAUAUUUGGUAUUUAGGCCUAGUAUUCACUGUAUAAAAUGAGUAUGUGGUAUUGGAUUGGAACACAGCCUAAUGAAGGAUUGAUCAGGCAGCUGGAAAGACACCAGCAAAAAAUAAUGGUGUGAAGUUAAAUGGGAAUGUUCUGUAAAACCAUGUGUUUUCUGUUCUCACAUUGAUAUUGCAUGCGUGUGUUUAUAGAUUAAUGUUUCAGACCACUGAUGCGUCAUUCUAGAAUAAUUCUUGACUCCAUGCUUUAAAAACAAGUUGAAAAAGGUGCACAAACAGCAGUCCUAUGACUUUACUUAUUGUAGGCCACGUGAUUUCCUAUCAACAGCCUCGUCAGAUGUUACGUUCACGUAACGACGGACAAAUUCAAUUCACCUCUAGAAGCAAAGUAAAGUUGCAAGUAACAUUUUUUAUUGUGUGUUUUACAAUAAAUUGGGGGGAAAUAACAUAACUUAAGAUGUAGUAUUAUCACGUAUCUAAGAGAAGAUGUAGUCUUAUCACCACCUGACAGCGUGAGAGUGAAUGCUGUUUUUCUUUUUUAUUCGUUAUCGAUAUUUUUGUCCUCACUUUACGUUGUAUGUUAUCGCUGUCCAAUUAAAAAUGCCAACUUUUGUACUGAAAUAACAAAGAACAUUCCUGAUGUAUUUAUUAAUUCUUCCAAUUAAAGGAACCUAUUUCUGAAAA